AUGACAAGUCCUGGUGAAGAGUUUAUUCCCGGGGGCUGCACGUCUCUCGUAAAUGGGUGGUACAGUGAUCUGCAGCAGUUUCGCCUUCCAAGUAAUGAAGACGUCGUUGAGCACUUGAACUCAUCGGGUGUCCCAUCUGCUCGACAGAUGGAAGAGGGACAUUGUUUUAAAGAGGAAGGCUACGUGAGACAGAUUUAUGUGCAUACUGUAUCACAGGAUUGCGACUACAACGUCGUGAAGUGCAUUUGCCUGCCGUCCAUGCGGUCUGGGUAUUACGUCGUACACGCCGUAAUAAGAAAGGACAACGGCAGUAUUGCUGGUGCACAUUGUUACUGUGCAGCGGGAUUGAGCGGUUCAUGCCAGCACGUCGCAGGGCUAUUGUUUAGCCACGCAGAAUGGAAUCACAGAGCAGAGCCUUCAUGCACUGAUAUGCCCUGCAAGUGGGUUGUGCCACCAUCUGCAAAACAGCCAGACCCUCCUGCCACAAUUGAUAAAAUCGACUUCCGGAAAAAUGCAGCAGGAGUUACCAGGAGCCGUUACAUACCCUCUGCACACCUAACACCGGCCAGUAGUUCACAACUGGCAGCGGCUGUUGAGAAGGCCCAUCCCGAGUGUCUAUGGCUAAGAUACAACAGAGACCUGGAUGAUGACACAAGCAGCAGCCACCUGCAACCACCAACAGCUGUGCCAACGUCUGACAACUUCAUGUGUGCCGAUUGGAAGUCUUAUAUACAACAGUACUUUGAAGCCAUUCAACCUCUCACAGAAGAAGAAAGGGUACAUGUACAGCAAGCAACGACUGGGCAAGCCUCCAAUCGUGUGUGGCACGAAGAGAGGACUGGACGCUUAACUUCUUCACUGUUUGGUCGCAUCAGAGGCUGUAGAAAGCCAGAAGGACUGCUAAAGGAAAUUUUGUACAGUAAGAAGCAAGUGCGCUGUGAGGCUAUGCAGUAUGGUCAGAACCACGAAGGGGUUGCCUUUACCCAUUCCUUGCUGCAUCACCAGAUCGAAUUGUAA